CAAAAUUCUUAAUCCGCAUAUGUACAUCCAACAAUUCUAAUUCAAUAAGUCUGUAAUGAAAUUCGUAAAUCAACAUGUAAAUAUUUGACAUGAACAAAGAAACUUGAUAAAAAUGGAAACGUUUUGGAAUCCCGUGAUAUAUUUUUCGUCUCUUCUAGUAUGUAUGUGCCUUGGAAAUGUAUACAAAAGGAUCAAUAGUACGGAAACGAAGCGUAAUUAUGGUACAGGCGUCGGCUUAUUGGUAGUGUGCCUCAUUUGUGGAUCACACAUUCUGCAUACUAUAUUCCUGGUAUUGGGGAAUGCUAUCGUAAUAAGAUGCUGCGAUAAAAGUUAUGUCCAUCGUAUAAGUUUACUGUAUACUUUUUUUCUACUCCUAUACUUUCAAUUGAAUGUAAAAGAAUCUGUAUAUGAACUUUGGAUUUUCCAAGUUCUAACAUUGAGAAUGGUCGGCAUGGCAUUCGAGGUGAAUUUGGCGUACAAAUCGAAAGUAGCAAAGGAGGCAUUGAAAAAAGCAAUACCCGAACCCACCGAAAUGAAAAUAUCAGUAAAUCCAUCAAGGGAAUCUUCUAUUUCUGUUACUCCAGUAGAAACGGCCACAAAAAAGGCGCGUGAAAGCCUUAGCACAAAGGCGGGAUUAAAAGUACCAUCAGAUACAAAUAAAGAGGAGUCGGCAACGGAAUCCCCAAGUGCUGUUCAAAGAAAUGCACCUGUUGCGAGGUCAGCUAAUGACCGGUUGUCCCCGGGAAAUGUCUUAAGUCAAGCUGACAAGACAGCCAGGAGGUUCUCUGAGAGUGUAGCAGCAGCAGAUAAGGCUGUCAAAUCAUUAAAUGAAAGGAUGUCGAUUACGCCUGAAAAUCGAAAGGAAAUCGCAAAUGUGCAAAAUAACGAUAUUGCUGUAUCCAAAAUUCCAUUGACGAACUCUGUGCUGGAAUUGGAUGUUAUGUAUAAAGAUCCUACUGCGGUUGAUAUAAUUUCUUAUGCGUAUUUCUUUAUUGGUUUACAUAAAGGCCCCUACUACAGGUGGAAAAUUUUCGAUGACCACUUCUACAACUCCUUUGGGGUACUUGGGGACUGCCGCAUUAUAACAGAGCAUAAACUGAAGAAAGCCAUAAUAUGUGGCUGCGCCUAUAUAUUACUACGAAUUAAAUAUGAUCCCAACAUAUACUUUCAAUCACAGUUUUAUGAAUUGUACGACACUGACUUUAGAUAUUUAUAUUCUGUGCCACAUCUAAUAAUGUAUUUCCUGAAACAUCAGAUAGUCAUGUUACUUUGCACAUCGGUGUGUACCGAGACUGGAUUUGGUGUGUACCCUGCUAAAACGCAACCUGUACCAGGCCAUGGGCCCACUAUGAGCCUAGGAUUGCUGAAAAUGGCUUCAACAACUGCUGAAGUAGCAAUGGAACAGGAGUAUAACUUUUCCAUGCUGAAAUGUUUCGAAAAUGAAAAGCUUUUCCUCGGUCCCACAAUGGCUGACACGAUGCAGGCGUGGGACAUGCCAACCAGAUAUUGGUUUACAGCAUACCCGUAUAAAAACUUCAUGAAAUCAAACAAGGAAUUAAGGAGUGCAUUUACAUUUUUAUGUUGGACGGUGUGGCUAAGCCCCACUAUUCCGCAAUUUAUCAUGUCCAUAACGUUAUGGAUCUACAUGCACCUAGAGGAAGAAUUUCAAGGACUCUACGACACUACUGGCUCGUUAAAAUUAUCUUGGAGUAUGGGGUUCUCCAUAAUGCGGAUGAUGUGUCUAGUCUACUUAACUCCGUGUUUGGUGAUAGACGACGCCAGAUCGGUCCUCAGAUAUUACAACUCCAUAAAUUGGAUAUAUCACGUAGUGUUAUUAUCUUUGAUGGUAUACGCUGUAGCUGUUGCCAAGUUUAGAGCUAGUAAUGUUGUCUAAAAGUUUUGGUAUAAAUUGGGAUUGACUUAUUUUAAGCA